UGCAGGUGACGUCAGCACGACAGGAGCUCGAGGGUUUGCUCGGCGCCGAACAGCGUACAAUCUACAGGGGCUGGAGCUGAGCCGAGGAGACUGCUGCUCCAUCAAAUAACGCAGUUUGUUUGUGUACAGUUCACGUUCGAAAAGUGCGCUGUGCGUACAUCCGCGACGCAGUCUGAACGUCACCGACAAGCCGAGAUUGAGGGUUUGAGGCCAUCGGCAGUGGUGCAGGCGAUGGGCUUGCUACUUGGAAUGAGUACCGGCAUCUUUCAAAGUGCUUUGAAAGCGACGGAGGCUGAAACGUCAAAAGGCAGGUGAGGUUUGGCGGCGAGUGAACGAAGAGGAGAAGGAGGAGGAGCAGGCGGUGGCGAGGGGCUAGGUAAUUGGCCCCUUGCUGCUGGCGGUCUUCGUCUCCGGGUGAUAUGGAGGAAAUGCUAGGCACAGGCCCAGCGAACAAUGAGUCGCCCGGAGAGGCGGACAAAGAAGGGCAGAGCACCGCUGAUAGACGGGAUCCUGUCGGGUGCGCGAAGCAAAUUGACAGCGCGGAUUGCGGAGGUCUAAGAGAAGGCCCCGACGCUCUUCUACAGCUUAGCCUUCUUUCAGCAGAAGGUGUGCAGCCCGCUGGCUUGUCGACAGAGCCGACUGAGACGGAGCAGGGGCAAGGGAACGUACUGGGCAGCAGCGAAAAGACAACAGCAGCAGCGGUACAGUUACUGGAGCUGCGGAGACUUUCCGAUUCGGACCGGCAGACAGCCGGCGACUGUCCUUUAAACGGUUCUCCGUCACUUCGAGCCCAGCCCCAGAAAGUUUGCGCUGCUCUGUCGGAACUUGCUUGCUCACCGGGUUUCGCUCCUGCCAACAAGACCAGAACCUGUUUGUUCACCGGGUCCUUGGAGUGUGAUUCGAUAACGGGCGACAAAGGGGAUGCAGCACUGCGUGAAAACGGUGGCACUGCCAAGAUUGAUUUGGAACUCAGCAACGGAUUAUCCCCAGAAUCGGGGGAACCAUCGGACGGUAAUAACGACCAAAGUCCUCCAUCCUCAGCUACUAGCAAAGAGGACUUGAGUUACGAGUUGCAACAGGGCUAUCGAAUUCUGGCCGGAUUUUUAUUGGAAAAACACCGCAGCAUUGCCGCUCCUUUCAUGAAUCCAUCCGACGACUACGAGGAGUUUGCCAGCCGAAUCAAGGAGCCGAUGUGGCUGCGGAAGAUGGAAGAAAAGUUCGUGCGGAGACAGUACGUGAGCAUCACUGACUUCGUGGGGGACUUCAGGCUAAUGCUGGAGAACUGCUACCGCCUUCACGGGGUCGACCACUGGCUCUCCAAGCAAGCACAGAAGUUGGAGAUGAUGCUGGAACAGAAACUAACACUCCUGUCACGGCCUCUAAGGGAGAAAACCACUCUUGCUGUGACUUCAAAAGGUCACUAUGGAUUAGAAGAUGAAAAGGGGUCUUUGAGUAUUUCAACACGACGUCGUUCUGCUCCUAGAAACCUUGGUGUAGUAGCUACGGGGGUCAGUGAAUCUCUCAUGGUUCAGGCUUUGAGAGUAGAGGAGCAGCAAAGAGCAAGAGAAGAAAGACGGCAAAGAGAACAAGAGAAAAAGGAGGCUGAGGAGGCCAGUGCCAAGGAGCUGGAGGAAUGGGAACGCAGCCUACUGGCUCAGGCCUGUCCACAUCCAAUGGAAACACUAUGGGAGAUUCCUGCUAUUGGUCACUUUCUUUGCCUAGCACAGCAGGCACUUAAUCUACCCGAAAUCAUCUUCUAUGAGCUGGAGCGCUGCCUUUUCAUGCCACGGUGCAGUGUUUUCUUAGCUAAAAUAAUGACUUCUCUUUUAAGUCACCCACAGAGAAGAGGCACUUUGCACAGAAGACCACCUUUGUCCUAUAGGCAAUGGGAGGCAGCACUACAGCAGAAAGUACAUGGAUGGUAUGUUUUUGUUGCAAAUGCUAGGGACCAAAUAGCCUGUGCUGAGCAGCUAGGACUUUGUCCACUGUUUUUCCGUGUGUUAGGUGAAUCCAGCCCACUGGAUGAGCAACCCUUCCACUUAUUACCUUUCUACCAGAAGGUAUGGCUACUUAAAGCACUCUGUGAUUGGGUAUAUGAGACACAGAAGGAUGUUCAGGAUGCAGUGCUAGGCCAGCCCAUUCAUGAGUGCCGGGAGUCAAUUUUGGGCUAUGAUGCACGAGAGAAUGCCUACAUUCACUUUCCUCAUUUCUGUGGAGCAGAUCUGCGAAUUUAUUGUCAGAGUCCUUGUGCCUCCCCAAGCUUUCCACUACCACCUAUUCGCAUUAGAAAACAUGAAGCUAACAGACAAGCACAUCAUUUUUCCUGUGAUUCCUUUUCUCAGACCGUGACAAAGCAACUUGAGAACAGCUACGAUGAGACUGUUGCCAGCUCCAGGAAAGAUAAAUCAAGUGAUGGAGAUAGCAAGUCUGUAAGUUCAGAAUUUGUGGAAGAUGUGUGUGUAUCAGUUCUCAAGGCAGAACAGCCUAAUCCAGAUUUGCAAUCUCUGGAAACCAAGCAUCUAGAGAAUAUUUGGGGUGAACAUAGAGUUGUUUCUGUUGAUGAUGAUAUUUGUCCAGAUAAAAAAAACAGAGGUUUAUGUGAAAAGGUAUCAGAUUUGAGCGCUGUGACUUCAGACCAUGAAUUCUUUAUAACAAAAAAAGCUAAAUCUGAAUACGGUAGUACUGUUGACUCAGUGCACCAGUUGAAUGUAAAGGAGGAAAAGGAAUGUGAUGUAUUGCCAAGUUGGGAAAAUUCUGUGAAACGGGAUUAUAAAUUGCACUGUAUAUCGAUAUCGGAACUGGUACUGCGACAGCUGAAAGACAACUGUGAGUCUGAGAAAAGAGGGACAGUCUUAUCUUGCACAAAAAAGUUGGAGAAGCCUCCAAGCCCUGGGGAAAUUUUGGGGUUGGGGGCUCCUCUUAGUCCAGGAGAAGUUCGUAUCUUAGAUAAUGACAUAUCCCCAGGAGCACAAGGCCCAUGCCCAUCUUGUAGCGAGUGUCAAAAAGAUGACCAUCACCAUUGCUGUAAAGUGACUUUGUCUGUUCAGAAGGCAUCACCGAUAUGUUUGACAUUGGAGGCCCCAAAAAUUGUUAAGGUUGGAAGAAUGCGCAUGAAAAAGAAGAAAAAAAAGAAAAAGAAAGCUAAAGACAUGAUGAGAAACAAAGAGCAGCCACAACUAAUAGGACAUCAACCCACUCUCUCAACCUUUUCCAGGUUUGAGUUCCAGCAUACUUCUCUAUUGAAGAAAAAAGUGAAACACAAGAAACGCAAGUCGGAUAAAAGGUCCUUAACUAGGGAGGAGUCUAGCCCAAAGAAAAGAAAAACGUCACCUCGUCUUCCUGCUGAGCCUAGAUUUCAGCUUGUGUGCACAAAUCUUGAUGAACUCAGGGAGUUAAUUAGUAAAACAGAGUCUGAACUUAAAGAAGUUGAAAGCAGCAGGAAAAAAUCUGGAAAGUGGUACUUGAAGAAACAAGCUGUAAAAGAAUUGCACAGUACACUCGUGAGGCUGCUAAAUGAGCUGUUACCAUGGGAGCCAAAGCUGAUUAAGGCCUACCAAAGAAACAGGGCCCGACUGAAGAAAGACUUUGAUGAUUUUAGAAGGCUACCUGAUUAUGAUAACUUUAUUAGAGAAAUUAUAACUGGAAAUGAAGCAGAAGCAGAUCUAAGCAAAGACAACUUUUUUCUGGAAGCCAGCAGCCCUAAUCAACCUGAAGAAAUGAAGAUGAACCAUGUUGGAAUUGAUGACACUUCAAAAACCUCAGAAAUACUGUUUCAUCGUUUCCCAAGUGAAGAUAGAAGACUGCAGAUAAUGGACGUACUGCCAGGAAGAAACAGAUUAUUAAAGCGAGAAGCUGUGUGUAAUGACAGUCUUAAAAUCUCUCCCAGAAAUUCCAAACGCAGACAGAGUGGUAGCACAGAUGAACAAAUAACAAAGAGGAGGGUCUUACUUGGUGCAUUCGAAGAUCAAAUUUCAGUUGGACAACAAGAGGAGGGAGAACUUAACAAACUGAUGCCAGUUGUGGAGCCUUUAGCUACAGAUUCUUCCAAAGGUUUGUCUACAGCAGUGUAUCAAAAAGGGACCACGCCCAUACAAGCUUUACUGGCUAAGAAUGUUGGGAACAAAGUGACGUUAAUUAGCCACUUGCCAGCAAUGCCCAAUGUAGCGUCUAACAAAGUAACUAUUGUGCCCCAGCCAAAACCUUACACAUCUAGUCAAGCCACUGGCACAAAUCCCUCUCUUGGGCUCUGCAGGACCCAAGCAGAGUCUUUGGAUGUUCCCAGAAAAGUGACUGAUUCUGUAAUAUCUGAACAGUACUUGGACCUCGAUCAGAAAAAAGAACACAAAGACUCACAAGAAGUGAUUAUUCUGUCAGCUAACUCUCUCUGCCAGGUAUUGCAUAAAACCGAUUCAAGGCAGCAUCAAAGCCAAGUUCACUCAACAUCUAAAACUUCCAGUAUUGUCAGUCCAGUGGAUAACAUUGCUCUUUGUCAUCAUGGUGAUCAGGGCAAGAUCCCUGUACAGCAAGUGGCCCCACUUAAUGAUGUCGUAAGUAGGGACGCCCGUGAAUCUACCACAACAGUAUCCUCAUUUGUAAAGUUAUCUCAACAUGAACAAAUGGCAUCAUCUCCAAAAACAAGUGAUUACAACUCUAGUUUGUCUCCCAAAAUGCUCCAAGGCCAGUCUACAUCCCCAAAUCUUGUGUCAAGAAGAGGGUCAUCGGGAAGUGCCCUUUCGGUAGAGGAAUCUGAAACAUACACCUGUAAGCAAGAGCUUAAGACAGUGUGCAUUCGUGAUUCUCAGUCUAUUUUGGUGACUACUCGUGGUGGGAAUACGGGUGUGGUUAAGGUACAGACCAACCCUGAUGGCUUGGCACCAGGCAGUGUACCUUCUAGCCCUGUGUUUACUUUCCCUCCACAUUUUCAGGCUUUACUUGUUCCUAAACCAACAGUCUCCUCAUCUGCUGUCUCCACUACAGUGUGUCCAGCUGCUUUGUCUAUAAACAGCAAAACACAUUCUUUGGGAAAUUCUGUCACUGACCUUUCCCAGCUUACUUCCAGUGUCUCUGUACCAAAUCAGUCAAUUGACAGUAAUGCCAGUUUAACUUUGAAACAAUCCAAAAAGGUAAUAAUGUCAACCCAGAAAAUGACAAGUAAUAGAGUUCUUCCAACUACCAGCCUCACUUCUGCACAACCCAGCACUCAGCACAAUAUAAUCAAUAUUGCUGCCGGCUCUGUGGCUACCUUGUCUGCAACCACCCUUCCAAAAACCAGUGUGGCAUCUACUCAGACAUCAUUACCAUCGUAUGUAACAACACAAAAUGUUCCUCAGGCAGAAAGUAUGGUGAUAGACAAAGCACCACUGCAAAAAGUUAUCAUUGUCUCUUCUCCUUCUGUUAUUAGUCCCAGUGGCUCCACUGUGAAAGUUAAUGCAUCGGUUUCUUCAGCUUCUUUCCACAAUCAGAACCUGGUCCUGAUAUCCUCCAGUUCAAGUACAGGAACCCAGCCAUUCAGUGCUCCUCCUAUUUCAACUAAUGCUAAUACUUCAGUGGAGGUGCCAGCUGCAUCACGUGUUGUCAUGCCCACAGUGUCUCAAAUCAGGGAUGUAAAAAUUGGACUUAACAUUGGUCAAGCAAUUAUCAAUACUGUUCCCAACAAUCUGCAGAAGGUCCAGGUGAUCAACUUGAUGCCCAGUUUGACUGCCAAAUUAAGGGAAGAGACCCUGAGCCAUAACAGGCAGAGUAAUGACUCUGUACCUUUGGAGGAAUCGAGUGUGAAAAAAAUGUGUGUUUUACCUAAAGCAACUGUAUUUAACACAGCAGCAUCACAGGGGCCACUUUCCUUUACUGGCAGUAAUUUUGUUCCAAAUAACAAUCAGUGUGCGGUGCUGGAAAGUGAGAAAAAAGUGUCUCAUUCCACAGUUAUAACUGGCCAUCUGGCAUCAUCAGUUCUUAUAGCAACAUCUCCGCUGCAGCCUGCUGCGCCUGUACUUCCAGGAGUUUCGGUUCUGGGAGACUCUUCAACCACACAAACCCAUCAGAUAAAGUGCCCACUCCAGAUACCUGGCACUAGCAUAGGUGGCAUUCCACCAAAUGAAGCAGUCACUAGCGCCAACACGCAGGCACAAAGCACUGCGUUCCUGAGCCCAACUACAAGCUUUCCAAAACCCUCUGUCUCAACAUGCACUGCGUCCCAUGCAGACACUGGCACAUCCUUUCGUUUGCCUUCAAGCCCACUACAGUUUCCAUGCACUGCAUCUAAAGUCACUCCAGCUUUCAACUCCAUUUGUGUUCCCAAAGCUGCAAUGAAUGCUACAUCGGCAAACGUUUUAAAUGAUUCUUCAGUACAGCAGAAGAUUGUGAUUAAUACCACCAUGCCUUUAGCUCCUGGCACACAGAUUCUGAUCAACAACAACAGAUUUAUUGUCCCUCCUCAAGGCCUUGGACCUGGCAGCCACAUACUUGUUAUUUCGGGCUCUGGAGUGACCCCUGCUGCAAACACAGCUGCUGUCCCUCAGGUGGCAGCACCUGGAAAUUUAUCUGGCCAAAAAACAUUGACCACCACCGUUGGGUCAGCCUAUCCCCCUGUAGUCCCACCAGUCAUUGUAAACCCAAGGAUGCUGCUUUCCAACAUUGUACCAAUUUCAAAUGUUCUGAACAAAACACAGCCACUGCCAAAUGGAAACACAUUGAUGCAGUCCUUUUCCACUAAGCUGCCAUCUCAAGUAGGUAUGAGUGUUGGAAGGACAUCAAUCUUACCCGUUGGGAGUAAUGUUUUACCGACAGGAAAAUCCACACCUGGAACACAAGCUUCCCAAAUGACAGCUGCUGUUGCCCAACAGAAAAUGCCAUCUUUGACACAGUUACCUGAAAGUAAAGGGUUGCCAGUUGCUGCAGUGCAGGCACUUGGCGGCAAUGUUAUUAAAAUCUCCUCCUCCGCACCACUCUCCAUAACCUCCUUACCAAGCAGUAAAAAAACUCCUACAGAAGACCUUGCCGUGACUACUUCCAUUGCCAAACCACAAACUUCAGUACAUCCAGGUGGUAGUGUUUCACGUUCCCUGACUUUUCCUACAGCAACUGUGUUGCCAAUGAGCACCAGUGGUAGAACGCAGGCUUUGCCAGUAGCUACUGUACCACCAAUAGGCAGUGCAUUUACUAAACCACUGGUCUCUCCUAUGACAACUGUGCCCCCAACUCCCAGUACACUUCUAAUAGCACCUGGUCUACAGCCUACAGCUAAAUUGUCAGAUCCAUUGAAGAUGGCUGUACCGUUCUCGGGAGUCUCGAGCAAGCCAAUGCAUUUUGCAAAUUCAUCAGUGCUUCUAAAAGAUCCCCCUGCCACCAAAUUGAUGGUCAGUCCCGAAGGAGCCAUUCUUAAUACCAUUAGUUCUCCUGUUUCUCAUUUUCUGCCUAAACCAGUGGCCACUGUGAUGGUGACUCCAAGUUCUAGCACUGAAGGGGUAAUUACUGCGUUCAAGGCUGUUGAUCUACCUUCAGUGGUCACUGAUACAGAAGGACCCCAUGCUUAAAGUUGGCUUGACUGAUAUUGGAAUAUAAAGAGACUCUCUGGAAUCCAGUACAAGUUUCAAUACAAAAUCAGUUUACCAACCGAAUGCUUUCAAACACGUCAGUGUUUAUUUACAAACUGCACUUUGUGAUAGAAUUGUUUUGUAACAAAAAAAUGCUACUUUUGCAAUUUUAAGCCUACGUGGUGGCAGUGUGUUCCAUCCUUGAGGUAAAUACUUCAUUUGUGAGAUCAUGUUUUGGCUACGUCCUAAAAUUUAAAGCACUUUGGGGAAACUUUUUUUUUUUUUUGUUUUGUUUUAAUAAAGCUGUCAGCUUGUCAUUUGAGAAUGGUAACAAGCUGCAUUGUGGAGAGAUUGUGCAUCGUUAACGCUGAAUAUCUUUGUAAUAUGGUAAGAGCAGACUUCGGUCCUUCAUACAAAUGAAGUUAAAAAGUGCAUACAUGUAUAUUGGUUGGAAUGGCAUAGGAUUGGAUGACCAAAAUGUGUGUUGUUGCUUAUUUUUUCUGUGCAUUAUUUGGGGUUAAAGAACUGAGUAAUAUAAUGCUGGUCAUUAUUGGUAGACUUUAUAAAUACCUCCUGUAUGCUUGUUUUUUUUUUUUUUUCCUUCCCAAAUUCCAUUCCCAAAUUUUACAACUUGUGACAUAAACAGAAAUCCAAACUUCCAUAAAUCUUGUUUAUUAGGUUAUUUCACAUUGUAAACUUUCAAGUGCCAGUGGUAAUGGUGCCUGAUUUUGUUCAAUUUCUAAGCCUGCUGUGAGUUUUUAUUUCGCUGGCUUUGAGAGGUCGACACCAGUGACUGUUGGAUUUCAUACACGGGGGUUUAUUUAUCUUACACAUUUUUCCUGAACUCUUGCAUUGAACAAUGUUUGUUUGUUUGUUUGUUUGUUUUUUUAACUAAGCCACAACUUCGUAGUGGUUUAGAGGAGGUGAGAUGUUUGUAGUUCAACUCUGUGUCUUACAUUUCAGAAGUGCUCUUCUGUUUAAAACAGUUCAUUGAGAAGUUUUGCCUUUAAUCAAGAGAUGUUGUUUUGAAUGACAAGUAAAGAAGGUCUCUUGUUCUUCACUCCGGCAUUUAAUAACACUACGCAAAUGAGCGUUGAGUACUGAGUACUGGGCUGCAUUACGUAAUUUAUUUAGUAUGUUUAAUGUUUGAGCUGGACUUGUUCUGGGAAAACCAAGCUGUCACUUUUGGAUAAAGAGAAUGUGACGUUAUACAAAUCUGCAGUGAGCCCAGCGACAUACAGUUAAUGUGAAUUGCUCUUAAAAUUUGGCUGACAUUCAUGUUUAAUAAAAAACUUGCUGAAAGUUCAACUGUUGCAGGUUUUCCAAGUUGUGAACAAGACUAAAUAUACUGACAAGUGUCAGCUUUCAUUUCUUUGUGAUAUGUAUUAGCAUUGUAAAUGUUUUAUUUUCCUCAUAGGAGAAGAUUCUUGUGGCAGUCAUAUUCUCUUGCUGUCUUAACAGAUGGCAAAAGGUUAAUUUAUAAAAGCUGCUUCACAAUGCAUAUUGUUUUUUCAAGCUUUUGCUACUCCAGUAGUUUGCUGGUGAUAAAAUUGUGCUUUUCUCUCAAUAAAUGUUGAAUACAAACACAACUAUUACAUAUUUGAGAAAAAUGUUUUCAUGCUGGCGAAGUUCUGUUUUUCAUCAUUUGCAUGUCUUGAUUGCCUUGAUUUUCAAAGGAUGGUAUAUCGGUUUUGUUACAACAAUGUAACACUAUUGUUUCUCUAGUUAAACAUUUUAAAUCCUUUCCAACCAGGCUGGAAGUUGAGUGCUUAAAGAGUAUAAUUGCACUGUGUAAUGGAAUUUGAAACCAUAUUGUAAUUGAGUGGGGCAGACAAAAGCUGGAGACAAACCUUAAGAGUAAAACAAAUGUCUGUAACUUUGAGAUGGCUGUGGAGGAUAUUUAAAUAAUGACAUUUGUUUUUAUCAUAAUUGUAUAAAUGUGUGAUUUCAUUACUGCCUUAAAGCAUUUUGGUUCCUACCAGCAGGUAUACUGUAGAACCAUCUGCCGGGAUAUUUAUUUACAGGUUCUACUGGAACACUGAAUUUGUAUAUAUUUUUUUUCCUGUUUGUGUGUGGAGGGAAAUGCUGUAAAUAAUGUAAAUAGUUAUAUAGAGCACAGGGUUGUACUUAAAUAUGUAUGGAAAUUCAAAGGUGUUCCUAUUUAUGGUUUCUGUUUACAUAAUGUAUAGAUUUUGUAAGUAUUUUAUUAGGUAUUUUGGACCAUUGCAUUGUUUAGAAAUAAAUGCAGAUAAUUCUGCAUGUAAUAAAAGUGAUGAUGCUUUAUAAAAGGAGACUUCACCAA